ACCCAAUAUACUGAAAACAAAAGUCUCUCUAAACCCCAAACCUUGUCCAAACAUUAAACUUCUUCUUCCUACUUUCCACACCACAGAAACAACUACAAAAGAAACAAAGGAAGUCCAUCAAUGGAGGGCCUCAUUCCUUUGGUGUACAAGGCAAUAAAGAACAACAAAACCCGCCAGCAAUACGAGUGUCUGUCUUCUGGUUCUGCUCUUGGUUACAACCCUGCGGAUUUUCAUAAUGAAGCUGAGGUAUUCCUCAAAGCUGCAGCUUCAAACGAGAAAGGGAAUAUUGCAGGGAAAAAACUCCACAGGCGAUUCAGUUCUGUAGAAGAUUUCACGGUGACCCAUGUUUCUCCUCCUCGGAAGCAGCUUGUGAGGUUCAGGAGCCAUAGAAUGUUUUCUUGUGUUACAGGUGCCUAGAGAAAAAACAAGAUCAAAUCUUUAUGUUCUUGUUCAUUAAUUGUUUAUUUUAUUUUAUUUUUCAAUUUUCUCUGUGUUGGCUGCGUACAUCAACUCUCUCCUCUCUUCAGAAUUCAUAAGUGUGAGAUGUUUCGUUCACUUCAUCACCCAUUUUUCUCUGUGUUGUCUGUAAGUUGAAGAGAUGAAGCUGCUAGGGCUAGCUGUGAUAGUAGGAUGCCUGUGAGCUCUAUCCCAGAUUAGCAUACCUUAAUUUCUUGAUUUUAAAUCUGAAAGAGAUCUAAAAUUAAGAAUAUUGUCACAUGUAUAUAUGGCCGUUAAUAAUGUUUUCUACAA